GUUUAGUAAGCGGGAGGUCUUGAGUUCAACGCUCAAUGAAAGCAUUUAAUUUUCUAUUUUUGGUAACUGUUUUGUUGCUACUCCACUUCACUAUCGAAGUCAUUUAUUUCUAGUCUCGCCGUCUCCGAUCCUCUGGUACUCACCGUCGCCACUGUUUCUAUUUUAGGAAGAUGGCUAGUGGCAGCUUGAAAAGCCUUGUAACUUCAGCAGUCACUAUUGGUGUGACCGAAGCUAGAGCAAGGAUUUUCGGACACAUGCUUAACCCAACGGGACAGAGAUCUCCUCAUAAGAUCUUAAGGAAGAAGCUUUUUGGUGAUAAGGUUGCUGAAUGGUAUCCCUACGACAUCAAGAAUGAGGAUCCCAAUGUCUUGGCUAGAGAAGAAAAAGAGCGCUUAUCGAAGCUUGAGAUGUUGAAGCGUCGUGACAAAGGACCACCAAAGAAGGGUCAUGGAAGACGUGCUGCAAAGCGUAACAAGUAGAGAAUGUUAUCUUCCAACAAAAGAGAUCUGCACUCUCAUAAUGUCAGAUAGAACUUACUAGUUAGAUUCUUUUUAUUUUGUGUUUUACUCUGCUUCUUUAAUCUUAACUCUCUAGUAUGCAACAGCCUGAUAUACUUGUGUUGUGUAAUAAUCAUGGAUUCAAAUCCAAAACUAUGCGUAUGGAGUUUUGAUCAUAAUCUUCACUUA